UAUAAGUAUCAAGUAAAUAUAUAGCAUUUAAAAAAAUUUGAUUGUUUUUAUGUAUGUAGAAAUCACACUUUCAAAAUUGUUUAUUAGUUGUAAAAAUAAAUUACGCAUUUCAUUUUCAAAUAUUGACAUUUUUAGUUAAACUUAAAAGUGGGAUAUGUACUGCAAUGAAAUUGAAGAGAGAAAAGAAAUUUGCAGCAGACAUAAAAGGAUUUGUAUGUUUAAGAUAAAAAAGAACUUAAGUUUUGAUUCCGAUAAUGUUUAAAAAUUGAUGAACUCAAUUGAAUCAUAAGAUGAAGAAUAUCAAUACGUUUGUAUUAAAUGCUACAUGAUAAUGAAUAAAACAUAAACAAGCAGUCAAAAAAACUUGAAGACUGAUGUAUUAUAAAGAAGCGAGAUUCAUUUUCCUAUUUUCUUAAAAGUUUAGAAUAUUUUACUGCUCAAAAAUGAUCUUUUAGCAGUUUAGUUCUAACAAAAAAUUGAAAUUAUCGACCUAAAUUUGUAAAAGAAAAUAGUGAGCUAUGAUAAUACACUAACCCACCCAUGUGUAUUUUAAAAUAUCCUCAAACUAGCAAGCUUACAUAGAAACCAAUUCUUGAUAUGCCUGAUUAAAUCAAAUAAAAGUUUUAUAUAUAAUUGGAAAACAAAUAAAAUUGUAAGAGUGAUUUAGAAGUAAAUCGUUCACUUUAAACACUUGAAAGACCAUACCUAUAUUAUUGUUAAUACAAUACAAUCAGGAUUUGAUGUCAUAAAUCUAUACAAUCUCUCAAAUAAUAAAUUUCUAACACAAUUUUCCAAAAAAGCAAUUGGAAUUAACACAAUUGAUUCCACCAAAAAUGGUUAAUACAUUGCUUGUGGAGGUGAUGAAAUGGAAAUUUUUGUAUUUAUGAAUACUGGUUAAUUAAUAUAUAAAAUUGGUACUGAUAAUUGGAUAACCUAGUUAUUUUUCCAGCCACAGUCACUAAAUAUACUCUUUUAAACUUAUGACUAAGCUAUUUAUUAUUACGAUAAAGAGAAGUAGAAGACAAACAAGUAUAAAAACCUUGAAUUUCUAGAUCUUUUUUAAAUCGAUAGCGUCCAUAAGCAAUUUUUCUGUAAAUAUCUCAACAAAAAGCACUAAAAAAAAUCUUAUGUAAUUUACGAUUUUGUAAAUAAUAAAGUAACUCCAUUUAAUCUUGACUAGUUCAACAAGCUACCAACCUAAUUCACUGGUAUUAUUUCUCUUAAAGAAUAAAAAAUGGCCUUUUUAGGCCAGAGAAAUAUUGUUUUUGUUAGGGAAAUGAUUAAAUGAAUUUAAAAAAUAACUUUUUGUUGUCUAUCAAUACUUCUAUAAUAAAAUUAUACUAAUUAAUAAAACUAACCAAAAAUAUAUUAAAAGACUAAAUUGACCUUGCCUAAUAUAUAAUAAAAAUAUUUUAUAAGAAAUAGUAUUUCGUUUAACUUCAAAUUAUUAUUAUUUUUAAAAUAUUUUUAUAUUAUUUAUCACAAAUUACUUCAACAAAAUUUUUAUUU